UGAUUGGACCAGAGGUCAGCGCCUUCAGUCGCCGCCUCAACAGCGCUGUGUGAACGCAGAGGCAGCAACGACAAAGCUAGAGGGGGGGGACAAACCAACUAUUUGUAUCGUAUGCUUUCUUUUAGCGCAUGAAGUGGGUACAGAGAGAUUCUUCCGCCCUCCUGAGUUCUCCUCCCGUGUGUGUUCAUAAAGACCCACCUGAGACAGAAAGGACGGGCUGCGGAAGCGUCAGAGAAGAAGCGCUUUUAUUCUCAGAGGGAAGGGAAAGCUGUUCUGUGGACUCACACAUCUUAAAAGCCUUCAUUGGCAUUGUGUCUUCGGUCUGUCUCAUCCGUCUCACCAUGGAUGGCCCGCUGAGCGGGGCCAGUAAAGGGGCCAGUGCCCUGCAGACUUCAUCACGUCACAGAUGCCCCUUGCUGUCUUUAUCCCUGUAUGAAUGACUGUUUUGGAAACAAUAAAGCCCCCAAAUUCCUCUUUGAUUGAACAAAAGGAACCAUGCAUCCGCUGCUGUCCCUCAGUGUCUUCGGACUGCUGCUGCCCCAGGCCUUGAUGCGUGUGGUGGACUCGCCCUUGAACUGUAUCCCACGCAGAUCUGUGCCCAGUAAUAGCAACAAUGCCCUUCUGUUUUGGGAGGAGGGCGUGUUCAACUACUCCGCCAUGCUGUUAAGAGAAGACCUGGACCUGUUAGUGGUGGGUGCCAGAGAGGCCAUGUUCGCUCUUGAUCUCAGAAACAUCUCCAAGAAAAUUACUUCAGUUGAAUGGAAAGCUUCUCCAAAACAAGUGAGGGACUGUAAAAGGAAAGGAAAGGAUGCAGAGACAGAGUGCAAGAACUAUAUCAGAAUACUCCAUGAGAUGGUGGAUGGGAAGAUGUAUGUGUGUGGAACUAAUGCUUUUGAUCCAGCAUGUAAGAAGAUGUCGUAUGCAGACGGGAACUUGGCAUUAAUGGAACCCGAAGACGACGGCAAAGGAAAAUGUCCAUUUGAUCCGUUCCAAAGACAUGCCUCCAUUAUGAUAAAGAAUGACCUCUACUCAGCCACUUCCAUGAACUUCCUUGGCUCUGAGCCGGUCCUGAUGCUCAGCCCAUAUGUCAACCCCCUGUCUGGUCCCAUACGCACGGAGAUAAAAACCUCCUGGCUUUAUGAUCCCAACUUUGUUUCCAUGGCAUCGAUGCCAGACAGUGAGAAGGACGACAACGACGACAAGGUGUACCUCUUCUUCAGCGAGACGGCUGUAGAAUUCAACUGCUACAGCAAACUGGGAGUGUCCCGUGUGGCCCGUGUGUGCAAGGGAGAUGAAGGAGGUCAGAGGACAUUGCAGAAGAAAUGGACAUCCUUCCUUAAAGCCAGUUUGGACUGUCCAGUCCCAGGCUCCCAGUUGCCUUACAUUAUCCAGGACUCGUACCGCUGGUGUGAUCCCUCCCUGCACUGGAAGGAGUGCGUUUUUUACGCCACCUUCACCUCGCAGUCACACACAUCCGAAAUAUCUGCGGUGUGUGCGUACCGCAUGUCUGACAUCAGUAAACAGUUUUCAGAGGGCAAGUACAAGACCCCGGCCUCCGUAGAAACCUCUUACAUAACGUGGGUGACGUUCAGCGGAGAGGUCCCUGAGCCUCGGCCUGGAGCUUGCAUAAACAGAGAGGCUACUAACUCGGAAAUAAAAACGACCCUGGACCUCCCGGAUAAGACCCUUCAGUUCAUCCGAGAAAAGCCACUCAUGGACCAGGCUAUUGAGCCAAUAGGGGGCAGACCAUUGCUAACGCAUAAGGGAGCUGCAUUCACACAGAUUAUAGUGAAGCAAGUGCAAGCUUUGGACGGUGAAAAGUACAACGUCAUGUUUAUAGGCACCGAUCAAGGCAAGUUGCUGAAGGCUUUGCACAAUGAAGAGAUGUUCAUCAUAGAAGAAGUCCAACUUUUCACCCCUCCUCAGAAAAUCAAGAUCCUCAAGUUUUCCAAUAAAAUGGGUCAGAUUUAUGUCGGCUCAGACAUCAGUGUAGUUCAAAUAUCACCAGCUAACUGUGAGAGGUCCUCUACCUGUUUCGACUGUGUUUUAUCCAGAGAUCCAUACUGUGGAUGGGACAAGGUUGAGGGGAAAUGUGUUUCUGUUUCCAGUUCACAGAGUGUGCUCAUCCAAGAUAUGAAAGGAAAUGCUAGUCACUGCCCUGAUGCUGGGCCUGUUGUUGAGCCUUUGACCCGGAACAUCAAGCCUGGAAGGAUACUUAAGCUCAGGUGUCCUUCACCUUCCAACCUGGCAAAACUCAUCUGGAAGCGGAAUGGCAUACCUCUCCCACAUUCACCUGAGGAUGGACUGCUCAUUCUGGACGACUCAGAUAAUAAUAAUAAUAACUCUGGUAAAUACAGCUGCUUGUCUGUGGAGAAAUCCAAAGCUGGCGAGUACGAGACCAUUGUAGUCAAUUACGAGGUCAUUAUAAGCCUCGAAAACGGGGGCGUUACUCAGGCUCAGAGCAGUGGUGAGUCUCACUCUGGACUGAUAGUUGCAAUUGUCGUCCUUGCUGUUUGUCUCGUUCUCCUUUUGACCUGGAGAGUUGUCAAGCGCCACAUUAACCUGCCUUGUGAUCGCACUAAAGAGAAAGGAGAAGAACCCCAGCAGACUCGUGACUUAGAGGCCAAGGAUGCCAGUGUGCCUUUGGCGGCUGAAACACCGAACAAACACACCAAUGCAGGGGAUGCGCCAUGUCAGAGGGGACCAACACGCAAGGAGUAACCCUUUCGUCUAUGCACCUUGACGAGUCAACUAUUUGGAAAUGGCUAAUGUUUUACUACAAAAAAAAGAAAGAAAAUGUAGUGUAUAUUUUUUUUUGUUGAAAAUUGUGUCAUCUUGAAUAACUGAGUGUAAAAGGACUAAUUUUUUUUAUUAUUAUGAUGAGAUCAAAGAUGACACGUUUCUUCAAGGUUUUCUUUUCAUUAGCUUCACUGUUUAAAAAAAGGAGGAAACGGGCCAGAAGUAUACACACCUAGUGUAACAUACAAUUCAAUCUACUAAACUCUUUUUUUUAUUUUAAAAAUAACAUUUAUCUUUUUGUUUAGUUUUUUUUGUUGGGCAAACAUCUUUGCUGGUGAAGGUCCAGGGAGCCAAAC